UCUUCCUCAUCCUCUCCACAUUCCAUGCGAAGUGCGCAAAGUCCAAUAUAGGCCAGGUCGUCUCCUCUCCCUUUCUUCAUACUACGAGACUCCUUUUUAACCUUCAUCCCCAACUGCCGAGAGCCAUCCGACGACUGCUGUGCUUGCAACGCACCGUACAAGCUUUCUCUUCGAAUCGAAGCCAGGCUCGUGGUUCCCCCCUCCCCCCAAUUGCAUCGCCACGAUGCCGUCUGAAUCUCGCGUCGAGAAUCCCUUCUUCCACCCCUUCCUCUUCAUCUUCCAGAUCUGGCAAUGGUUCGCCGAUAAGAUCUUCUCGCCCACGCCCCCGGAGCCGAGCACUCGCUUGAGCCGGCCCAAAAUCGCUGUCAUCGGAGCUGGUAUCACUGGUGUGACGUCCGCCGCCCACUGCAUCGGCCAUGGUUUCGACGUCGUCAUCUUCGAGGCCGGCGGUCGCGAGAAUCUGGGCGGAAUUUGGAGCAGAGUGAACAACUCGUCAAGCCUGCAGAUCCACUCGAUGAUGUUCCGAUUCCAUCCCUCGGUCAAGUGGGAGCGCGGGUACCCGGACAGACAGCAGAUUCUCAGCCAAGUGAAGCAACUCUGGGAAAAGUACGGCCUGGAAACCCGGACUAAGUUCAACACCGCCGUCGAGAAGGUCUACCAGGAUGAGAAGGGUAGAUGGGUCAUCAACAACACGGCCAACGGCCACUUUGAGGGUGUCAUCGCCGCUGUCGGCACUUGCGGUGAACCCAAGAUGCCCCAGCUUCCGGGUCUCGAGAACUUCAAGGGCAAUGUCUAUCACUCCAGCCAGCUUACCGGUAAAAACGCCAAGGGCAAGAAGAUGGUCGUUAUCGGCGGCGGCGCCAGUGCCGUCGAGGCCUUGGAGUUCGCCGUCGACGAAGAGGCCGAGAAGGUAUCCAUCUUGUCCCGCAGCGACAAAUGGAUCAUCCCCCGCAACCCCAUCGUGAACAUGUUGCUCGCCAUGAACAUCCUCGGCCAAGAGACCCGCUUGUCAUGGAUCCCUGAGACCUUGUUGCGAAAGCUCUUCUACCGGGACCUGCAGGAUAUUGCGCCCUACAGCAAGGGCAUCUACAUGGACACGCCCAUGGUAAACAGCCAGGUCAUGGACACCAUCCGGUCCGGCCAAGCCGAGUGGGUUCGCUGCGACAUUGAAGGCUUCACCGCGGAUGGUGUCAUUGUCAACCGGCGUGCCCAAGGCGUGCCCAAGGGAGGCCCCGGUCGGAGACAGGUCAUCCCCGCCGACAUGAUCGUGAUGGCGACCGGAUACAAGCGUCCCUCGCUGGAAUUCCUCCCGGAGGACUGCUUCAAUGACCCGUAUGCGCCUCCCAACUGGUACAUCCAGACCUUCCCGCCGAACCAUCCCUCCAUCUCUGCUAUCAACUGCACGUAUGUUGCCGCCAUCGGCACCGUCGGUAACUGGCAUAUCGGCAUCUACACCAGGAUUCUCCUCAUGUUCCUCAUCGACCCGAUGACGAGGCCCCAUCCCUUCUGGAUGAAGGCCUGGAUCGAGAUGACCAAGCUGCUCAAGUCCGCCGCCCCCACCGGCGCCUUUGACUUCUUCACCUACCUCGAGCUUCUCUGGUGGUUCGCCUUUAGCGUCACCUUCAACCCGUUCCGAUGGAAGUGGGCCUUCUUCGUCUUCUUCGGCUUGGGCUUCAUGUUGCCGAAGAGAGUCGUCGAGGUCGAGAGCCGCAUCCGCAACGGCAUGGGAUUCCAGGACGAGGUCGGCCGCGACGUGGGACACAGCAUCUGAUGUCCCACGCUUUGCCUCGAAUCACGGCUAGAGGUUCAAAUUCAACGACUGGCACGAGAAAAUGUUGGGAGGAAGCAAGCCGCUCCGGUCGAAAUGCCAUCGAAGUCUGGCCGUGCAACAUUGCACAUGACGGAUCACUUUUGUCGACGCAAUUGCCCUCAAACACCCCAACCCGCAUGUACAAUAGCUGUUAUGACCUACCAAGACCUCUGAAUGAAU